AUGUUGCUGCGUUUCCUGUCUCUCACAGGCGCGCUCUGUCUGAGCAGCUGUGCUGCUUUGUCUUUGCCCGAACAUAAGGUCGAACUGUCUGGGCUGGAUCCCGAGUUUCGAAGCCGAAUCAUCUCCAACGCCCGUCCAACCAAUGUGCCGACCGCUCCUUGUUCAUUCUCCGAUCCCGAAUGUUCGAAAGAUAUCGAUCUUCAUUCCCAUCUGACCCUGGACUUCUCCACGGAAAAUGGCACCCUCCUCGCCAACCAUGACCCGAUCUUCCCGCCCACUUUCCCAAUGCGAUUCCAUGCAGUCCGGCAUUUUCAUUCGGGCCGCGAGACUGUCGACUUGGCCUAUGAACUGGAUGUCCGACCCAUGCCGUCACGCCCGGAUGAGACCCUUGGGGGCGUCUUCCUGUUGAAACUCAGACUGUUUGACCUACAAGGGCGGCCCGCCUCCGAUCACCUCGUCACGAUCACACUGACUCAAGACUCGGAGGGAAAUCUCCAAAUCACUCAACUGGAAACCAACCCCGUCCACGGCCACCACCAUCACGACGGACCGCCAUCAUGGAUGGCCCAGUUGACCGCUAGCAUUCAGACCAUGAAGGACGCCGUCAAGGACUGCAUGCACGGUCCAGGAUCGAAGCCUGCGACCGCGAGACCCCAACAUGGCCACAUGCAACCUCCAGUCGACAAGCACCGCACGAUCGCUCCAGAACAUCACCCCCAUCACCACAGGCCCGGCUACUGGGCCGGCCGGGAGAAGAACUUCGGGAGACUGAUGCGUCCGGUGGCCAUGCCCGCCCUUCUAGGGGUAAUGGCCGGCGUGGUUGCGUGCAUGGUUGGAUUUGUGAUGGGCAAAAUCAUCAUCUCGGUGUUCUACUGCGUUCGGGGUUGCAGGAAGCAGCAGAAGGUGCAGGAGCAGGAGCAGACUAGCAUCCCCCGGGUAGUGGUGGUGGAAAGCGCUUCCAGUGAAAAGGAGCGCUUACUGGCGAUGUGCGAUGAUCAUUGUUGA